UCAGUCCUUUAGAUUUGGACCCCAGUGGUUCCUGGAAAUGAAUACCUUUGGCUUUCUAUUUCAAAGCGAGACAUGUGGAACAUGGAACAUGGAACCAAUGGAAAAGCUCUGGAGCUUUCCUGCCUCCUUUUUGAGGAGAAUCGGCGCAUCUUUAAAGAGCCUUGUCCCACACGAGAUUGGGCUUAGUCCCAUUUCAACUCGCACGGCUAACUUGUUGCUCAUCUUACACGAUCAGCGGGGUCAUUUCACAACAGAGUGGAAAUCCAUUAGGUCAACCCGUGUCCCGUCAAGCAGUGCCCGAAACAUGCGUGGAUGCUUACGAAAAUGGAACAAAGUCCAUUCAUUUCUGGCCAUCCUCGUCUGGAUCGGACUCGAUGGGAGGUCAGUGGUUCAGGCCUUUCCAAGGACCGAGCUUCUCCCUCACCCUUUGGCCAUGGAUGAUUACGGUUUUGUUCGAGGGGACAUCCGACCCGAUUAUGCCAAUUCUCGACUCCCAUAUCGCGUGUUGGCCUCCAAUUUGCGUCGCCGGCCGCUAGAGGGCGUAUCGGAGGACGAGUUGAUAGAUGAUAUCCAGGAACUUAACCGAAGAUUCUCGCAAUCAAAACGUGCCGUCAGCCAGCCACCACCUGAAACGUUAUUCUACAACCCUUUCACCAAGCAAAAUAAACGGGAAAAGCAUCUGAAGGAGUUGUAUGAGAAGAUUGCUAAAGAGUUUCCAUUCGUGGCCAAGCAAGGUCUGAACCAUGAGGGCAAAGUGUCGUCCUUAAAUGACCUCUUUGCCAUGACCAUUUUCGGGCAACCCCAACGGUCCGGCUGAAGGUUCAGAGUCUGAUUGAUCUUGAUACAUUUCCUUUACGUUGUAUUUCCGUUGGAUGGAGAUGAAACAUUGCCAUAAACUAUCUGGAACUUAUCCGCUUCAGCAAUUGAGAGCCAAUUGAUUGAUUUUCAUACAUGAUUUCCCUCAGUACAGUUUUGUUUGUGUGUAAGUAUAGGGCCGUUUUAUUCUUCGUAAUGAUGUUGUGUUGAUGUGAUACAAUAAACGUGGAAACAGCCUCCAGUUCCGAAAACGAA